AACACCCAUUGGCCCUUCAAAAAACGUUUCUUUUGAACGGAAGGUACAUUCAGGAAUUUCUGAUUGUGGGUGCUAUUUCUCAAACUUAUGUCGGCACGGGCUAAACAAGAUAAAGCACUUUCACCAACAGCUCGAGACUUUCAUUAAUCAUUGGGCACUGUUCGGGAGCGCACGCGAAAGCGAAAACGUUAAGAAAAGCGAAAGCGUUCAGAUCAGGCACAUCACAGGGCUUGUGUUGACACCCAAACACAUUGUAAACUAUGGACGGGGGUGAAUUUAGAGCUAUGCUCUUAACAAUAUCCAAUGGACUCGAACAGGACACACUAGACAGCUUGAAGUUUUUGUGCAAGGACGUCGGGAAGAAAAAACUCGAGAAAAUAAAGAAUGGGAUCGAACUGUUUGAGUGCCUGAUCGAACGGGGUCAAAUCAAGCCUGACGACACGGAGUUUCUGCGAUCAAUUUUGGACAGGGUCGCUAAGACAGCAUUGAUCGAACACAUUGACAAGUAUGAGAGAGGAUCGACAGCCAAUGCUAAUCUGCUGGACCCAAAAGAGCAAGAGAAAAUAAAUAUCGCAACUGAUGUAAUCGUGGAGCAGCUGGGACGAAAUUGGAAGAAAGUUGGACGAAAACUGGGACUGAACGACACCAAACUGGACAGCAUUCAAGACAAACGCAAGUGUGACCUAGAGGAGCAAGUGAGAGAGCUCGUCAAAGAGUGGAUAAAGAUCCAGAGAGAAAACGCAAGAGUGGAGAUACUCAUUAAAGCUCUGCGUGACUGCAAACAGAACUACACUGCUGAUCUUGUGGAGCAAAAACUCCACAAUGAAGGAUAUUAAAACCGGCUCUUUUUCUUUCUUUCCAUUAUGAAAUGACAGAUCUGCAGAACAGCUAAUAAUGUGAAUUUCACUUUGAAGUGCAACUGAGCUGAAUUACAAUGCCUUUGCAAAUUUUCCUGAAUCAGUUGUUAGUGGUGGUGCCCUAAUGAAUAUUUGUUAAAGAAUGAAAUAUUAGUUAAUAUAUUUUACAUUUGUGAUUGCGUUGCAGAUAAUGAAAAUAAAAUAUAUUUGUAAGAUUGGUCUGAUUUUCCCAGUUUUAUAGUUCUCUCAUUAUGGAAAAUAGAAUUCUAUUUUGUGACUUUUGUUUCAAGUCGACUGUCGAAGGAUUAUAUGUGACAUUACAAAUAAAUAAAGGGAUUAUUUUUAGUACUUGUUAAAUGUCUUCACAGCUACACAAUGCACUCUUCAGUUUAAAAUACUACCUCUGUCCAGUACAUUUAAUGCAUCUACACUGUAUAUGAGUUACAUGAGCAAUAAACAUCUCUGGUACCA